CGCUCAGAUUCUCAGGAUGCCCCAGGAGUAGCCUGACUUGGACUCCGUUUCCCAGAGUGCCCCGCGGGCGAUCUGACGGUGGUGGCUGCGGCAACAAACCAACUGUCCAGAACUGGACUCUCCUGCCUCUGCACGGCCCGGUGAGCGGCGGCGGGAUGGACAGCCCUGAGGUGACCUUCACGUUGGCCUACCUGGUCUUCGCAGUGUGUUUCGUGUUCACGCCCAACGAGUUCUACUCGGCCGGGCUCACAGUGCAGAAUCUGUUGUCGGGCUGGCUGGGCAGCGAGGACGCCGCCUUCGUACCUUACCACCUUCGCCGCACUUCCGCCACACUACUGUGUCACUCACUGUUGCCUUUAGGUGAGCCUCCUGUGUGCCGGCCGGUGGUUGGCGCUUAACCGGGCGCUUGGAGACUCCAAGGGUGAGGAACUGGAGCAGAAGCCGGUCAAGAUCAGGAGCAAGCAAGCGGGAUCUCUGCAGCCCUGGCUGUGAGCUGAGCGCUCUAGAGCACCAUACGCUCUUCCAGUUGGGAGGCGGCGGCCCGGGCGCUGUCCUGCGAGUGGUGCUCGGGUGGGGCUAAGCUCCAGUCUUUGACAUCACUGCGGCUGGAGUGCAGAAUCGUUCAGCCUGCUUGCUAUGUUGGGCGCUUUAGGAAAGAGCUCCUGUUGAUUUCAUUACAACGGGUUGGAGGGCUCCCAGGGGAAGGCUACUACAUGGGCAUGUGCUUUGCAGCCUCAGAAAAGCAGCUCUACUCCCCUGGUCAGGCCCCAGAAGCCUGGCAACUCUUCCUUCUCCUGGCUGUGACCCUUCCCCUUCUCUCCUGUACCCUGAUCUACUACUGGUCCUGGGAUAGGUGGACCCGACACCCACUGGCCCAAACCCUGGCCCUCUAUGCCCUUCCACAGUCUGGUUGGCAGGCCGUCGCUUCUUCCAUCAACACAGAGUUCCGACGGAUUGACAAGUUUGCUACAGGGGCACCUGGUGCCCGAGUGAUUGUGACAGACACAUGGGUAAUGAAGGUGACCACAUACCGUGUGCAUGUGGCUCAGCAACAGGAUGUUCACUUGACUGUGACAGAGUCACGACAGCAUGAUCUCUCGCCAGACUCAAACCUACCUGUGCAGCUUCUUACCAUACGUGUGGCAAGCACCAACCCUGGCACACAGCCCUUUGAUAUUCGGCUGAACUCAUCAGAAUAUGGCGAACUAUGUGAGAAGCUCCACGCCCCUAUCCGAAGUGCAGCCAAUGUGGUCAUCCGCCAGAGCCUGGGGGACCUCUUCCUAGAAACAUUUGCAUCCCACGUGGAGGUCAACCCAGCCUAUUCUGUACCUAGCAACCAGGAGCUCGAGGCCUGUAUAGGCUGCAUGCAAACACGGGCCAGCGUGAAGCUGGUGAAGACCUGUCAGGAGCCGGCUGUGGGCGAGUGCCAGCAGUGUUACUGCCGACCCAUGUGGUGUCUCACUUGCAUGGGCAAGUGGUUUGCCAGCCGCCAGGAUCCCCAGCGCCCUGACACUUGGCUAGCCAGCCGUGUGCCCUGCCCCACUUGCCGUGCCCGCUUCUGCAUCCUGGAUGUGUGCUGUGUACGCUGAGCAUCACAGUAUGAUCUGUGUCUCCAUUGGCCACUUCUGGGGAGUGCCUGAAGCUCUUUGACUUUGACAAGAGGUUCUAGUUAAAGCACACACUUAAUCUACAACCACUCUCUACCUUGAGUCUAUGGUCAGUUGAAGAGUUUUAGAAGAAAUUCUCAUGGAAAUGCCCUAUCCCUGGACCUUCAGCCUCUUCUCUUCCAGUUUACCUCCAGGUGGGGCUGAUAUGCCACAUAGGAUGCUUCAAAGCCCCAAGACAUUGGAGUUUGGCUCAAGAGCCUUUACUUGGUCUGUUUGCCUUAAUUCUAUUACAUAGCAUACCUGUACUUCAGUUAAAAACCAGACCCUAUGGUGUUGGGUUGACACUGACAGUUGAGAGGGUCACCAGGGUACCACUCUAGUGUGAAGUCCUCUUCUAGGGUAUCCUGGUGACUGUGGCUAGCCAAGGGACCGCUUCUUGGUAGGAAGGCAUGACAGAGUACUUUCCCAAGUUCCUCACGAGGGUUGCAUAUGCUUUAUAGAGGGUCCACAAUGCUUUUGUUGUCUUGUCCUGCUUCUCUAGUCCAGGGGAGACCAAGAGCUCACACUCCUAACCCUAGGGAAGGGUUUUAGGGAGCCAAGGACCAGAGAGCCACAGGACUAUCCAGAAAGAAACCCACCAGGGGUAAAGCACAGGGUUAGCCAAGCCCUUGUGGGGUGCUUGGAUCAGGAUAGGAUACCUCAGUGGUUAAGGUUUUGAUGGACGCACAUAUCCAUAGAUGUACUCACUUAUCUAUGGUACAGAUGGGUGGGGAAGAGACUGCUCUUUACUCUCCAUCUCUGACACAAAGUGUAGCUGCUAGAGGGAGGACCUCUCCUUCAACUUGCCCUGAAGCACUUACAUUUAGUUGUUGAAAGCAGUAGUGGCAGACCAAGCUAGCCCCUUAUCCAGCCAACACUGCACCUAACCCCAGGGAUUUGCUACCAGAGCAAACUCAGUUCUGCCUGUCCCUGAAGUAUGACCAGGAGACAGCCAGUUUCAAGGGCUGUCUGCCUAGCAGAGGCCAAGUGGUUUGAAGUUAUUUUUAACCACAGAAGAGUUAAUUUUAUACAAAUAAAUGUAAAUGUAGCUAAAUGAUACAGUAUUUAAUAAAGUGUUCCUUUUCAAGUGA